AUGAAGGUCUUUUCUUCCGGAUGCACGUUCGACUACUCGUGGGACGAAGUAUCAACAGCGAACUGGCGCAAGUACUGUCCAUGGAAUGAUAAGUCUACACAUGUCGUAGGUGUAGACACGCUCUCGCGAACCGUCGACCCAAGCACUGGCAUUUUGCGAACCGAGCGUCUUAUCACGUGCAAUCAGUCUGUACCACAAUGGGUUCUCUCGAUUCUCGGUGGAACGAAUACAUCUCACGUCUACGAAAUCUCUUAUGUCGACCCGGUCGCAAAGAAGGUGACCAUGUGCUCCACCAAUCUGACAUGGUCAAACGUCCUCAGCGUCCGCGAGACUGUUAUCUACCGGCAAUCCUCCCUUAGCCCGGCCACCACGACCGAAUUUAGCCAAGAAGCAAAAAUCACCGCUCUCUGUGGUGGAUGGCAAAAGAUCAAGAACAAGGUUGAAGAGGCAAGCGUGGAUCGAUUCCGUGAAAAUGCCAAGAUUGGCCGCGAAGGAUUCGAAACCGUCCUCGAGAUGAGCCGCCGCGUCUUCGGAGAACAACGCGAACUUGAAAAUCAAAGCCUCCAAUCAUGA